CUCUCUCUCUCUCUCUCUCUCUCUCUCUCUCUCUCUCUCUGCCAAUCACUUUGUAUAUUCCAAGUUCACUUUAAUAUUCUUUCCUUCUGGAAGGCAAAUCACACGAAAUUAUCAUAUCCCGUGUGACCAUGUCCAAAGUUCUCGAGCCCCUAGAAGAAGAGAAAGUAGAACAUAAAGCAAGAAACCAAGAAGAAGAAGAAGAAUCGAAGAAAGAAGAGUUGGUGGGAUCGCUGUGUACACCAACAUCAAGUGAUCAUAAGAUUCCGGAGGUGGAUACUUGUCCUCCGGCGCCAAGAAAGCGACCACGUGAGAUUCCUCCGACAAAGAAGAGAAGAUUGUCCAAAAAUCCUCGGUUCUUUGAAGCCACCGACGUCGGGAGCCACGAGGUAGAGACUCUCUUUGUUCAUAACUCAAACCCUGUCCGUAAGAAACGGAAGAGUAAUAGCGCCUGAAUCUCUACUGUAUUUUUUCUUCCCCACAAACUUGAUUGUGUAAUCCUUUCGUCGAUCCUUUCUAUACCUUGAUUUUUAACUCGUUUCGUGUUUUAUUACUUACUUUUUUUAUGGGAUUUGAACUCUGUUUAUGUACAGAGAGUUUUUGUUAAUAUAUAUCGAUCUUGUCUAACUCUCUUACAAUUUGAUUCUCAUGUCUCAAAGUAUGAUGUUGAUAUUUGUUUGUAAGAGUUAGCAAUAAAAAUAACUUAAGUUAAUAGUA